AACCAACAUCGGAAAAAAAAAAAUGGGAAAAACAUCUCUAGGGGUUACCAGAAGGGACAAAAUUCCUAAACACAUUACUGAAAUUUCCAUGACCUCCGAUAAGUGCUAUGAACUUAAAGUCUAUAUCAAGUCCAUCGUUGUCCCAGGUACUCCCGCUUUCGACUGCAGGCGUCUAGGUGACCGCACAAAAAAGAGAAAUUACCAACUAUGGCUCCAUAACACUCUAAAGGAAAUUGGGCCGAGAUUUUUCCCGAGCAACGGGAGGGGGUUGGUUUGGCCCAAGGAUUACGAUAAGUAUGCUUUUUCCUAUCUGAUUUUAUCUUGUUCUACCUAGUGAUUUUUCGGGAUCAUAAUGGCCUAAUGGUGGUAUGAUACGGUAGGAUUUACAAGACUGUUCAUCAGGUUGUACGUGUCUUGAGUAUUGGGAUUAGGAGGGGUUAUAGGAAGAAGGAAUUGAGAGUUGUUCAAGGAGAGAGGUGGUAAGGAGAUGGAGAUGGCACAAGAUGAACCCCAUGGAGUAGGGGCUACUAGUAAUACCGAUACCGAGGAACGUGUUAUGUUGCCCGGCGAGGACAAGAGAUAUGAGCAGUGGGAGCAGGAAGCUGAGAAGACAAUGGCAAUGAUUACGGCGUUUCUCCGGGAGAUUCGGGCUCACGACACAGCGGAGCAAGGGGUGGAUGAGGAGGUUGUCGAGCUAGAAACCUUGCCCGGUUUGGUGAAGGUGUAUUUCCAAUUCCUCUCUUUUGCGGCAGCUAGUAUUGAUUGUAUAGUACACAACUGUUCACUAUAGCUCGAGGUGUCUGCUCACUUCCCAGAUUUGUCUAAUAACUAUUUUGAUUGGGGUG